AUGAACCGGCGCGAAGGCGCCGCGGUGGAGCGUAGUGAGCCAGCAAAUAACUGGGCUGCCGACGGAUUAUGUGGAAGGCAUACACUAUUAGGCAACAUUCCAGAUUUCAGGCUCAGGCGAAAAAACAAAACAGUGGCGGCGCAGCGGUCGCCGGCCCCCGAAGCGGUUGCCCCUCGAGACGCGCUCGGCCCCCCUCUUCUAUUAUUUCGUACCAAUCGAAGUAAGUCUGCAUAUCCGAGCAAGUUGUCGCUGCUGCCUGCAGCGGUUUCCGGUCAGGAUAUCUACGUCGUCAGUACCACCUUCGACCAAAUUGUUUUGGACUGGUCCAACUGUGCGAUGCUACCGUACGCACAUCGAAGCGGAGUGCAUUCAACCAUGAUUUUUCCACCUGUAAGAAAUCCCCCGACGUGA